GCGAAAAAUUAAGUGAAGCCAAGAAAGAAAAUGCACUUCUCCUCCUCAAAAGUAAAUGUUGGCAAAGAUUAAUUGCCCUCAAAAAAGAAAAAGAAGAAAAAUAUCAGCAAACUCUGACCGAAGAAUUGAGAGUUAUCACUCAACUUAAUUAUGCUGACUAUUUUUUAAUUUUUAGCGAUGUUGUCCAUCAUUUAAAAACUGAAAAUAUUAUCGUGGGACCCGGGCGUGGCAGUGCCGUGGCUUCUUUGGUUGCCUAUUUGCUGGGAAUAACCCAAAUUGACCCCUUGGAACAUAAAUUAUUUUUUGCCCGUUUUCUCAACGAGAAAAGAAAAUCCCUGCCGGAUAUCGAUUUAGACGUAGAAAAUCAAGACGAAGUUUUUAAUUACUUACAAAAAAAAUAUCCCAAAAAACAGACUGCCUACCCUGCUCUUUUCAAAUUGGCUGAAAAAAUCCAUAAUUUAUAUUAUGAUACUGGCGUUCACCCGGCUGGAGUAGUUAUUAGCACUAAUUCUUUGGUGGGUUCGGUCCCCUUGAAAACUGAAAAGGAUUAUUUAUUGACCUUAUUUGAAGAAAACAAAUUAGCCGAAUUAGGUCUAAAAAAAUAUGACUUUUUGAGUUUGCGAGAGACACUUGGCUUUAUUCGAGAGGCUCG